AGCUGUAUUAUGAGCACAACUACGAAAUGGCCUCAAUUUGCUUUGAAAAAUCUUGUGACAUAUAUUGGGAAAGAAAAUCUAAAGCUGUUGGCCUUAAAGUUAUGGCUGAUCGUAUCUGUUCUUCCAAUUCUCAAGAAGCUAAUUCUCUCCUUAGGAAAGCUGCUGAGAUAAUCAUAGAUAUAGGCGAAGCUGAUUCUGCUGCUAGAUGUUUUUGUGAUUUGGGGGAGUAUGAAACCGCAGGUAGUGUAUAUUUGAAAAGUUGUGGCGAGUCUGAGCUACAAAGAGCUGGAGAAUGCUUCACUCUUGCAGGUUGCUAUGAGCGUGCAGCUGAUGCCUAUGCUAGAGGAAAUUUUUUCUCCAAGUGUCUAAAUAUAUGCACCAAAGGGAAGUUAUUUAGCAUGGGUUUGACGUACAUAGAGCACUGGAAACAACAUGCUAAGAAAGAGGGUGAUAUAAACACUAAGGCUGAAGAGAUAGAAAAAAUUGAACAGGAGCUUUGGAAGGGAUAUGCUCUCAAUUGCUAUGAGCUCAAAGAUACUAAAUCCAUGAUGAAUUGUCUCAAAUCAUUGAAAUCAAUGGAUUUAGUUCGUAACUUUUUGAGGCCAUUAGGUUGCUUUGAUGAACUUAUGUUGUUGGAAGAACAAUCAGGAAAUUUUAUGGAGGCUGCAGAAAUUGCAAAGCUGAAAGGAGAUGUACUUUCUGUAAUAGAUCUUCUUGAGAAGGCUGAGAAGUAUAAAGAAGCAGCAACUCUUAUUAUUUUCUAUGUUCUUGCCAACUCACUCUGGUCAUCUAGUAAAAAGGGCUGGUUUGCCCGUUGGUCUCUGGUUGGUCGAACUAAGGUUACCCUAGGAAAUUCGUACUUCUUGAGAUAG